GCUGCAGAGAUAUCACGCGGAGAAAUUUAUUUUCAAAGAAAAAAAAUAAAUUAUUGACGGCACGUUUCCCCAUAUAUUCUAAGGAUGAAGCAAUUAUCGGAGGAAAGAACGAAGCUCGUGUUUGAGAAGCUAACAAAAUACAUUGGCACUAACGUGAAGAACCUGAUCGAUCGACCGGACGGGAUGUACUGCUUUCGGGAGAAAAAGGACAGGGUGUACUAUGUGUCGGAGAAGAUAUUAUCCUUGGCGAAUACCGUGGGAGGUGAUCACCUGUUGAGCUUAGGCACCUGCUUCGGCAGAUUCACAAAAUCGGGGAAGUUCAAGCUGCACGUUACCGCGUUACAUUAUCUGGCCCCUUACGCACAGCACAAGAUCUGGGUGAAACCCUCGGCGGAGCAACAGUUUCUGUACGGACAUCACGUUAUGAAAUCAGGUCUCGCUCGUAUAACGGAAGGUACUUCUCAGUAUCAGGGUGUCGUCGUGCUUUCUAUGAACGAUUUGCCACUGGGAUUUGGCGUUGCUGCAAAGAGUACAGCGGACUGCAAACACGCGGAUCCGAUAGCAACAAUUUGCUUUCACCAAGCGGACAUUGGAGAGUACAUACGUUCAGAGGACACGUUGCUCUAGCAAAGAUUCACAUGCCUGUUAUUUUUUCAAGGAAACGAAAUAUAUAUCCAAUUUGUACAGUAAA